UGAGAAGACCUGGGAGGAGGAUGGCUCCCUCGGAAGCUCUGAUUCUAGGGGCCCUGGCUCUGGCCUCCACGCUGAGCCCCUGUGGAGGUGGAGACAUCAGGGCCGACCACGUGGGCACUUAUGGCACAAAUGUUUACCAGACGUAUGGCGCCUCUGGCCAGUUCACAUAUGAAUUUGACGGAGAUGAGCUGUUCUACGUGGACCUGAAAACGAGGGAAACUGUGUGGCGGCUGCCUGAGUUUAGCAAUUUCACCAAGUUUGAAACUCAGAACGCCCUGCAAAACAUUGUUGUGGCAAAAAGAAAUUUGGACACCUUGAUAAAAGAUUCCAACUUCACACCUGCCACCAAUGAAAUUCCUGAAGUGGCUGUGUUUCCCAAAUCUCCCGUGACCUUGGGUAUUCCCAACACCCUCAUCUGUCUGGUGGACAACAUCUUCCCUCCUGUGAUCAACAUCACUUGGUUAUACAAUGGACACCCCGUUGCCGAAGGUGUUGCUGAGACAACCUUCUACCCCAAGAGUGACCACUCUUUCCUCAGGCUCAGUUACCUCACUUUUCUUCCCUCCACUGAGGAUUUCUACGACUGCAGGGUGGCGCACUGGGGCCUGGAAGAGCCGCUCCUCAAGCACUGGGAGCCUGAGAUUCCAGCCCCCAUGUCAGAGCUGACAGAGACUGUUGUCUGUGCCCUGGGGCUGGCCGUGGGCCUCGUGGGCAUCGUGGCAGGCUCCGUGCUAACCAUCCGCCGGCUGCACGCAGGGGCUGCCUCCAGGAGCUGGAGGACCACAUGA